UACGUCAUUUGACUGCGCCAUCUCCACAAGCAGGCACAUUUCAAUGACAACCUGCAUAUGUAACAUAUAUUAAUUACAGAAUAAUAGAGCCACAUAACAAUGCAACGAGCCGUUUUCGCACACAUUGCAUUGCAUGACUGGACGCAUGUUUUCAGUCCUUUGAGGAUACGACAAUGUUGUUUGAAGCACAGAGCACUACCAGUACAGCUCAAUUCUCGGGCAUACAGUGUGAUACCGCCCCCGCGCGACGAAGCAGAGAAGGCUCUGCUGCACAGUAUGUUGCGGGUGGACCACGCAGGGGAAUACGGUGCCAACCGCAUCUACGCCGGCCAGAUGGCAGUGUUGGGAAGGUCACAGACAGGACCGCUUAUUCAGGAAAUGUGGGAUCAAGAGAAGAAGCAUCUUGCCAAAUUCAAUGAGAUUCUUGCAGAGAACAGAGUUCGCCCAACGUUGCUGUUGCCCCUCUGGAACGUUGCAGGUUUUUUACUUGGAGCGGGCACCGCUCUACUGGGUAAAGAAGGGGCCAUGGCCUGUACUGUGGCUGUGGAGGAGAGCAUCUCAGAGCACUACAACAGCCAGAUCAGAGCCCUCAUGGAGGAGGACCCAGACAGAUACGUAGAGCUGUUAAAAUUAAUAAAGGAAUUCCGAGAUGAUGAGAUGGAACAUCAUGAUACAGGACUGGAGCACGAUGCUGAAUCUCUACCCGGAUACAAUCUUUUGAAGAGUGCAAUACAACUUGGCUGCACAGCCGCAAUAUUUGUGUCUCAGCGCCUAUAAAGUAAUAAUUAAUUAAGUUUCUCAAAGAUGGUUUUCUAAAAAAUAUAAUGAUUUAGGUGAUGUAAAUGGAUAUGUAUAUUGUAUUAGUAAAGUGAACCUGGCUACUUUAUACAAUCUAAUAGUCAGUGCACUUUUUCAAAAAAGGACUCCCAUAAAAAAUAGUUGUGUUAUUUGUCCAAUUGUAACCGAGAUGUUGUAAUUUACUUCAACGCUACCACUAGCAGCCAAACCAUAUAGGUACCAGCUCAAUGCUGAAACCUCUCUGAGUUGGCAUCCUAGAAUAAGCAAGUUGUCAAAGAGAUAUUGGUGGGAAAGUUGGUGUAAUUCUACCCUCUAGGUGAUGGGGAUAGUGUGUUAUCCUGCUAUACUAAGGUAUUGUGGUCAUCACUGACAGAGCUGGAACCUACCUUCCUUAUCAAGUUUAUUUUGUAGCAUCAUCGAUACUAAGUAAUGUACUACAUACUGUAAUUACCUAUCUGUCAGGUUUAAUUGUUUGAAUGAUUAAUCACCUUUCCACUGCAACCCCCCCCCCCCCACCACCGUGCCUUUGUUAUUCCCCGAAAGAUAAAUAUCUAACAUAUCUCUACCGAGGACAUAUCGAUAUUGUCAUUGUUAUGCCAUCACCAUACCUUUCAACAAACUAUCCUCUUUCACACAUUAUGUGUCAUAAAUCACAAUGAACAAUGGCUUGUCAGUCCAGAUGAAUGGUUAAGCCUCUUACACAGCUGUUCCAGUACAUUAGAUCAGAGUGAAAGAAGGAUUGACAACUGACGGGUGCUGGCAGGGGGGUCUAGCUAAUCUAUGCCGUUCAGCGCUGCAGAGAAAAGUGUUCCGGUGGUUCAGUUUACUCCCCAGAGACCCCUGUAUUGACUAUAGGGAUUGAAGUGUCCUUAUAGUAUGUUCUGUACUGACCUAGUGCCUGAGAUCUGCCCUAGCCACUUCAGAUGCAGUGUAUAGUACACAUCAGUUAGCACAGAGAGACGUAUUGACCUCCAUUCCACGUGCAAUGUCUACGACAGAAUGUAAAGUAGCAAAGAGAGAAUACAAGGUAGCUGCGUUGUUGUUGGUGUAACAAAGAGGGUUUAAAGGAACAGUGUGGUAUCAUGUUUUUGACGUAUAUUAUUCUUCGACAGUACCGAUCCUACUUUGGCUCUGUGCCUUGUAUGCGAGGGUGCCUCUGGCAUCCAAGCCACAGCCCACUUAUGUGUUUUCUG